AUGACGGGGGAUCUCAAUAGGAUCUACAAUACGCAUAAAUCUAAAUCAAAUGAGAAUAAACUCAAUAAAUACAAAAUACUUGGUUUCUUGUCCUCCGGGACUUACGGGAAGGUGUUCAAGGCAGAGGCUGUAGAUGACGCUAAUAAGGUCUACGCGAUUAAAAAGUUUAAACCUGAUAAUCAGUUGUUCAUGGGAAUAUCUCAGUCUGCUAUUCGAGAAAUCAGCUUGAAUAGCGAGAUUAACAGCGAAAAUUUGGCAAAGUUAGUCGAAGUGCUGCUCAUGGAUGGAGCUAUCUACAUGAUAUUCGAAUACGCAGAGCAUGAUUUACUACAAAUCAUUUAUCAUCACUCUCAAAUUGUUAGAAAUGAUAUUGAUCCACUCGUACUGAAAUCAUUCCUUUACCAGCUAACAAAUGGUGUACACUACUUGCACUCAAACUUUAUCAUCCACAGAGACCUCAAGCCUGCCAAUAUCCUCGUCACAAACACUGGGGUUGUUAAGGUUGGUGAUUUGGGUUUAGCUAGGGUGUUUAAGGCUCCCCUACAGCCACUCUACAACGGCGACAAAGUCGUUGUUACUAUUUGGUACAGAUCCCCCGAGCUUCUCCUAGGCACACGUCACUAUACGCCUGCCAUUGAUAUUUGGGCUAUUGGCUGCAUAUACGCUGAAAUGCUAUCUUUACGUCCAUUAUUCAAAGGUGAUGAAGUCAGGCUGGAUAACAAGAAAUUGCCCUUCCAAUCGCAUCAAAUGAUCUGCAUUAUGGACUUGCUAGGUUUCCCAAACACGACUAGAUACCCAGACAUAAAAAACCUGCCUGACUACAACGAGUUGAUGCAAUUCAAUCCCCAACAAUUCUCCUAUAAACUCAAUCACUGGUUUGCACAGCGAUCCAACUCACUCCAAGGAUUCGAUCUGCUUGAUAAGAUGUUACAGUAUGACCCGACACAGCGACUGAGCGCCAAAGACGCGCUCAACCAUCCAUUCUUCACCACCGAACAACCCCAACCUCUUUCAGCCCCACUUGCAACACACAGCGAGAAUAUCUACCCAACGCGGCGCGUCACACACGACGGCGAGCUCGAUGGGCUUAGUAGCCAGCACAGUGGUGUCUCGGGCGCAGGCGCAGGAGGUGGAAGUGCGCAGAGUGGUCCAUCACGCAAGCGAAGUCGGUUAGUGUAA